AUGACCACACUCUCACCCUGCUCCUCACUCCCCGCCACGGCGAGAGGAGGGAUCGCUGGACUCCCACUUUCCCUCCUGUCCGAGACCCCCGCUCUCCGUCUCCCACGCCCCGGUCGCCGGUCUCGCUCACCUCCCCCUCGAAUGCUGACAAUGUGGCCACACCAUGUAGGAACUAUCGCUGUCGCGUCCCCUUCCCAACACGACGCCCCGACAACACAAUCACUCCAUAUCUCUCGGGGUGGUCAAUGCCAAUCACCGUAUCACUCGCCGCAAGAGCGUGACUACCGCGGCGGCCAACGUCGCCGCGGCCGUGGCAGCCUCCCUGAAAGAUGGCAGCGAGGCGGCUUCGCUCCCCGUGGGUGCCGCGCACCGUCGCAGUCUCGGGGCCCUCCCAGCCAGGAGCCACUGGCGGCUCGUAAGGCAUCACCCAGCAACUCCGACGAUGAUUCCAAGUCAACCUCCAAGGGCCGCAAUCGUCGCGCGAGUGAAGGGGCGCACAUGAAGACUGAUGGCAAGCGUGCUCCUGCCGAUCUCCGCUGUGACCGCUGUGGGAAAGGAUAUAAGCACGGCAGUUGCUUGUCGAAGCAUAUGUGGGAACACGAUCCAGCAUGGUCCAUCACGUCCAAGCUCCUCAUCUCCAAGCACCAGCAGGUGCAGCUGUUGGAGGCGGCCACCGUUCUGGUCAACAUGAAUAUCGACGAAGAGACCACCGAGCAAUCGCCCGAUGCCGAGUCGGAAUUCUCCUCUGCCUCGCCCGGCGCCUCGUCCGAACUGCGGGAUGGCGUCAGCUCUGCAGAAACCACCCCGCCUCCGAUGGACGAGCAGGAGGAGGAGGAUGAUGAUUUUGAAAUGUCGGGUGUGCCGGCCAACUGGACCAAGCGGCCCAGCAUCAGCCACGCCUUCUCCCGCUCUUAUCAGUCGAUUCCGUCGAGCUCGUUCAACGGCAGUGCGCCCCUGCACUCGCCCGCCUUUUCGCACUUCCGCAAGUCGAGCAUCGACACUCGCCCCUCGACCGCCGACACCCGGCUCCAUGAAGACGACGAGGCAGAUCUGGCGGCCGCCAUUGGACUAUGCAACUUUGGCACUCCCCGCACAGGACCCGUGUCCAUGGCGUCCGACGUGCCUCCGGUGCCUCCCUUACCUGCGCGCUACCUCGACUCGAGCAGUCACUCUGGACCCCUCAGCCCUGGUCUCAAGCUCUCCAGCCCCGGGCCGAUGAACGAGGUGUAUCGUCGCAACUCCAACGCCGAAGCCUUCUUCUCUGCCUCGCUGAAUCCCUCCCUGUCCUAUAAGGUGUCUGACGAGCGUGGGGCACGCACCGGUAGCGGUGACCUGACGGCCCAAGAAUCUCGUCAUCGACGCAACGCCGACGUUGACUUUGGCAGCCGACGUGCCACUGCGGAUGAUGAUGAUGAUGGUGUGUUUGGCCGGAUGGAGGAAUAG